GAGACCAUCUCACGCGCGGUGCCAAGCAGAGGGGAGGGCAGACGGAGGGGCAGCCUCUUUGGGACUAACUCAUGAAGAACAAGGGUGCCAAGCAGAAGCUGAAACGAAAGGGAGCCGCCAGCGCGUUUGGCUGUGACUUGACGGAGUAUCUGGAAAGCUCAGGACAGGAUGUUCCAUAUGUAUUGAAGAGCUGUGCAGAGUUUAUAGAGACUCACGGCAUUGUGGAUGGAAUCUAUCGGCUUUCGGGAGUCACCUCAAACAUACAACGGCUGAGGCAAGAGUUUGGCUCAGAUCAAUGUCCAGAUCUGACAAGGGAAGUGUACCUCCAGGACAUCCACUGUGUGGGCUCACUCUGCAAGCUCUACUUUAGGGAGCUGCCCAACCCCCUCCUGACUUAUGAGCUCUAUGAGAAAUUCACAGAGGCAGUGUCACAUUGCCCGGAAGAACGCCAACUGGCCCGAAUCCAAAAUGUUAUCCAGGAGCUUCCCCCCUCCCAUUAUAGGACCUUGGAAUACCUGAUCCGACACCUGGCCCACAUCGCCUCCUUCAGCAGCAAGACCAACAUGCACGCCAGGAACCUGGCCCUGGUGUGGGCACCAAACCUGCUCAGGUCUAAAGAAAUUGAAGCCUCUGGUUGCAACGGAGAUGCAGCCUUCCUUGCUGUCCGGGUCCAGCAGGUGGUGAUCGAGUUCAUCUUGAAUCACGUGGAUCAAAUCUUUAACAAUGGCACACCUGGGUCUCUGGAAAACAAUGAAAACCAGCCCAUGGUGAAGAGCCUGACCUUGCCAGCCCUCUCCUUGCCCAUGAAGCUGGUGAGCCUGGAGGAAGCUCAGGCCCGCAGCCUGGCUACUAACCACCCCGCUCGAAAGGAAAGGAGAGAGAACAGCCUACCCGAGAUUGUCCCUCCUAUGGGCACCCUCUUCCACACUGUCCUUGAGUUGCCAGACAACAAGAGAAAGCUUUCUAGUAAAUCAAAAAAAUGGAAAUCAAUAUUUAACUUGGGACGUUCUGGAUCAGACUCCAAAUCAAAGUUGAGCAGAAAUGGGAGUGUAUUUGUGAGAGGGCAGAGACUCUCAGUGGAAAAAGCUACUAUCCGACCAGCUAAAAGCAUGGACUCACUGUGUUCAGUGCCUGUGGAAGGAAAAGAAACCACAGGAAAUUUCAAUCGAACAGUCACCACUGGUGGAUUUUUCAUUCCAGCAGCAAAAAUGCACUCGACCAGCACUGGCAGCUCAUGUGACCUCAGCAAGCAGGAGAGAGAAUGGGGCCAGGAGGGGAUGCCUGCAGGGGCUGAGGGUGGCUUUGAUGUGAGCAAUGACCGGAGCCAGCUCCUGGGUGCUCAGGCCCGGCCCCCACCUGAGCAGCUGAAGGUAUUCCGGGCCAUUGAGGAUCCCGAGGGUGAGCAAACAGCCCCAAAGCUGCUGGGCAUGUUCUACACCUCGAGCGACAGCCCCAGCAAGUCCGUCUUUACCAGCAGCCUCUUCCAGAUGGAGCCCUCCCCGCGUCACCAGCGCAAGGCACUGAACAUCUCUGAGCCCUUUGCGGUGUCUGUGCCACUCCGCGUCUCAGCUGUCAUCAGCACCAACAGCACCCCGUGCAGAACACCGCCAAAGGAGCUGCAGUCGCUUUCCAGCCUGGAAGAGUUUUCUUUCCAGGGCUCAGAGAGUGGAGGUUGGCCAGAAGAGGAGAAGCCACUGGAAACUGAGACUUCUACAGCCCCUGUACCUAAGAAGGCAGUUCUUGAGGAUGUCAAGCCAGGACCUGAAGCAGUGGGGACAGCAGAAUGCAGCAAAGGCCUUCCCCUGGAGCCACGCACCCAGCUGGUGGAGAAAACCUCAGAAGUCUCGGUGGGCUCUCCACAGUCAAGUGAAUUAGAGAAGAGGCCAAGUCCUGAGAAGGUGGUGGAGGAAGGACAAGAGAUUGGCCAGGAGGAGCCCAGUGCUCUGCCAGAGAGCCCCAGAGCCAGAGCCGAAGCCAUGUUUCUUCAUGAGAUGGAUGAAGAUGAUCUGGCUAAUGCCCUGAUUUGGCCCGAGAUUCAACAAGAGCUGAAAAUCAUCGAAUCUGAAGAGGAGCUUUCCUCAUUGCCACCACCUGCUCUGACGCUAAUCCCAAAUCAGCCAAUUCUAGAGUCGAGUCCUGGACCCUUCGCUGCCACAGAGCCUCCUGGUAGUUUACCUUGUGACUCAGCCCCUGCUCCAGUCUCCGCCCCUCUGGAGGAGUGGACUAGGGACUCAACCAAUCAGAGCACACAAGGCACGUCCACGGCCGCCAACAGAGAGAAGCUGGAGCCAAUCAGCGGCCUCCACCGAUCUGAGUCUGGAGUGGGUGCGCGCCCAGACCCUGCUAGCCUGGCUCCUCUAGAAAUAGUUCCAUUUGAGACCGUCUCUCCACUAGCCAGGAUGGAGGUGGCAGGCCCGGAGAAUCCGUCUCCUCCGCUUCCACCUGCUCCUCCCCCUCCAACUCCUUUAGAAGAGGUGCCUCGAGUCCUGCUGUCAAAGGGAGGCCCUGAGAGGGAAGACCCACUCAGGAAUUUGAGGACAAAUCCCUAUAUAGACCAGCUGAAGUUCAAAGACAGCCCUGAGAUCCCUAGCCUGUGUCAGGGAGAGGAGGCAGCACCGGGACAAAGUGAAAAGCAAAAUUCAAAGAAUGCUGCUCCUGAGGGAAACGGCUCUUGUUUACCAAGCCCAACAAGGGAGGUUGAGGUUCCCCCACAAGAAGGGGAGGUUGCCCAUUCAGUACAGGAGCCUUCAGACUGUGACGAAGACGACGCUGUGACAGACAUUGCCCAGCAUGGCCUGGAGAUGGUGGAGCCCUGGGAGGAGCCCCAGUGGGUGACAAGUCCCCUUCACUCCCCCACCUUGAAAGAUGGGCAUGAGGCCCAAGUGCAGGGUCCCCAGGGCCACCGACUGGAGAAGAGGCUUUCCCACAGGCCCAGCCUUCGCCAGAGCCAUUCUCUAGACAGCAAACCCACAUUUAAGAGUCAGUGGACUCUCGAGGUUCCCUCCUCUAGCAGCUGUGCUGACCUUGAAACAGAGAAGAAUUCCAACCCUUUGCAGCCCCUGGCACCCAGGAGAGAAAUUAUUGGAUGGGAUGAGAAAGCUCUGAGGUCUUUCAGAGAGUUGUCUGGUCUGAAAGGGGAAGAGGCUCAUCCCAGCCAGAAGGGAGCAGGUAGUAUGCAACCCAAGCUGGCAGAAACCAGCCCCAUCAGCCUAGCAGAGGGAAAGGAGCUGGGGACACACAUGGGGCACAGCAACCUUUUGGUUAAGCAAAGCAGUGUUCCUGGGCCAGAGAGCAGUGAAGAGAGUUCACCUAGCGUGCAGGACAGCACCUUGCCAGGAGAGCAUCCCCCAAAGUUACAGUUGAGGAGCACUGAAUGUGGACCCCCAAAAGGGAAAAAUCGACCUUCUUCCCUCAACUUGGACUCUGCCGUUCCCAUCACUGACCUCUUUCGGUUUGAGAAUGUGGCCUCGUUUAGUUCACCUGGAAUGCAACACUCUGAGCUGGAAGACCCAAAGGUGCCAUGGGUGACCUCAUCUCACUUUAAAGCAGAUUCCUGGAGGGCUUACUCCCAGGACUCCCCGGACCUGGACAUUGUUGCUCAUGCCCUGACAGGCCGGCGUAACUCAGCUCCUGUGAGUGUGUCAGCUGUGAGAACCUCUUUCAUGGUCAAAAUGUGCCAGGCUAGGGCAGUCCCAGUCAUCCCACCUAAGAUUCAGUAUACCCAGAUCCCACAGCCGCUGCCCUCUCAGAGCUCAGGGGAGAAUGGGGCUCAGCCUCUGGAGAGGAGCCAAGAAGAACCCAGCUCCACUGAGAAACCUGCCAAAGAUGAUUCUCCCUCCCCCCUGGAAAGCCCAAAGGAAGAGAAACCAAAGCAAGACACAGGAGGUAUUAAGUCCUCGCCAGUGGAUGCCACUGCAUCCUGCCUGUGUGAGGGACCUGCCCUUUCUCCAGAACCAGGCUUGCCUAAUCUGCUGUCCUCCCAGGAUGCAAUAGGGCAAUGCAGAAAGCGCACAUCAGAGACAGAGCCAUCUGGCGACAAUCUUCUUUCUUCAAAAAUAGAGCGACCAUCUGGGGGUUCUAAGCCUUUCCACAGAUCAAGGCCAGGAAGACCUCAGAGCCUAAUCUUAUUCAGUCCUCCUUUCCCCAUUAUGGACCACCUGCCCCCCUCCACCACAGUGACAGAUUCCAAGGUCCUGCUGUCCCCUAUCAGAAGUCCUACUCAGAUGGUUUCCCCUGGCCUUCUUUGUGGGGAGUUGGCAGAAAACACAUGGGUCACACCAGAAGGGGUUACACUUAGGAAUAAAAUGACUAUCCCUAAGAAUGGCCAGAGAUUAGAGACCUCAACCAGCUGUUUUUAUCAGCCCCAGCGGAGAUCAGUGAUUCUGGAUGGAAGAAGUGGGAGGCCAAUAGAAUGACAUCAGUUUACUUGAAAAACAUC